AUGUAUUACCAUUUCUCCACAUUUAUUACGUGUCCAUGUUCCCCACAAGAAUCUUUAGGUGUUAAAAUGCAAUAUUUAAAUUUAUAUAUUAAAAAUUUACGACGCUAUUUUGUAAUGGAAAUUGAAGUUUUAGAUAGUAAACAUAUGCAUAGACGAUUUAAAAUAAGUAGUUUUGCAUCGAGAACAAAAAUUGGCAUAUUUGGUACACAUUCACCGUUAAAUUGGAUUGAAGGAUGGAAUCGGUUAUCACUAAAUUUGGAUUCAUUUACAAAAACAGUUUAUGGAACAGAUUAUAUUGAAUGUACUAGAUUAACAAUUCAUGCCAAUUGUCGAAUUCGUCGAGUAUUUUUUGCCGAUCGUGAAUAUAAGGAAGACGAAUUGCCAGUCGAUUAUCAGAUUCGUUGUCGAAUCGAUCGAACAAAACGUCAUCCAACACAAAAUCGUCGCAUACCAUUCCAAACGAAAAAAUCAGUUUAUGAGACGAAAAAUGCCGUUAAAGAAAAACGACUAAAGGAAGAUCGAUCAGGUGCUCUUCCUGAAGUACAAGAAUUUACAAGCAAUUUUAUGCCUGUGGGUGGUGUGUCUGCACCACAAGGUUCGGUAGCAUCCGAUAUACAACAAGUUGAUGGAAAUAAUAAAGAUGAAAUAACCGAUAGUGAAGAUGGCGAAAAAGCAAUGGGAGGACUACUUAGUGAUGAAGAAUCGGCAUUGUCACAAGAUAUGCGCCAAACAGAUGAUUUAGGUGCAAUGAGAGGAAAAUCAUAUUCAGAAAUUGAGCAAUCAAAUGAAGUUCUGUUAAGUGGUGAUCGGAAGUCAAGAAAUAUUGAACCAGACGUCACUGCUACCGAUGAAAUGAAUGAUACACUGGCUGCUGAAGUUGAACGAACAAGAAGACAACUACAUAAUACAUGGGAACAAGGUGGAGAUCCAUUGCAAACGAAUAAUUUAUCAACCGAUGAUCUGUCAACAAAUGCAUAUCGUCUAGCAAGAACAAGAUUUAUGAAACUGUUUCAAUAA